CAUGUAGAUCUACUAAGACAGUAUGUAGGAUUGUAGCUGCUAGGAAAACUAACUUUUUCAUGUCAGACUAGACGUAGACUGCAAGUAGUUAGUUGUACUAACUUGUAGACUGUGUUUUUACAGUAACACUGACACUACUGCCAGUACUGGUCACCGUACCGAGAAAUCAGAUCUCAGAUUUCGAUUUUGCGCCCGGAGCUGUGGAAGGGCCCUAUCCUGCUGUCGGCUAGCUGGUGCAGUUGGCGGUAAACGGUCGGAGUUCGAUGAUAACGUGUUCUCCACCACACAAGCACUAGCCUACUAGCCCGCCGGGUGUGCUGUGAAAAUUUCCAGAGAAAAUUUCCAGAUCGGCUUAUUCUGACUGCUGAUGAGAGCCGCAGUGUGAGAGGUUGCAACCAGGCGGAACAGGUGAACAUUCAAAAACAAUGGCCACUGGAGCAGUAGUUGCGUCAACGCUCCUCAGCGCGUCGAGUCUUACCGCCAUGAUGAUCCUGAUCGCGGCUGUCCAUGACUGCACCGCUUCAGUGUGUUCCUCCAAUCCUUGCCAGCAUGACGGCCGCUGUAUCGAAUACACCCAGGGUGGUGGCUACUACGGAUGUGACUGUAAGGGCGGUUACUAUGGCGUCCGCUGUGAGGACUACUCCGCUACACUGGAUCCGUGCAAGCUUAGCGACAACACAUCACCGUGCACGUACCGUGGCAAAUGCGUGGCCCAGUUUGGCAACAAUUUCACCUGUACCUGCUACUUGUUCUGGACGGGUAUUAACUGUAGAAUUUACAACGGCACUCCCGGCUGUGAUCCUGACAAUCUGCCACCAGCCUCUCUGCGCUGCAGUGGUCAUGGACAAUGCUUAGACUACCUGGGGUGUAACUGUGAUGUUGGUUACCAUGGCAAUCAGUGCCAGUUCCGUGACCACAACUCUACAACAGCACAGCAAGAACAUGCUACACUGACUCCCGCCGCUUCAGCACCACUCUCAACGAAAACAGUAUUCAUCGUUGUCGGAGUCCUUGUCGGUUGGCUUCUGUUCAUCGCGGUGCCAAUUUUCAUUGGGCUUCUCAAUCGGAGAAGGCAAUCUCGUCGUCAAGCGUCCCAGUCUGUUGCUGCUGAGCGCUCUGGCAGGAACACUCUAUCAGUGACCAUGGCAACGAGUGGACAACUGCCGACCGUCGCUUCGCUCCCAAACCGGACAGACCCGCCGUCGUACACCGCGUCUGUUACUGCGGCAACAGGUGCGGCGUCGGUCGUAAUGAGUAAGUCGUCGCUUGCUGAUGUCCGCCCAGUGUCCCUGACAAUGCCCUGCACUGACCUACCAGCGGAUGAUGACUCCCCCAUGAUGGACACGGGCACUGCAGAUACCCAACCAUUGCUGACUGCUGAAUGCUAAACCAACUGCAUAUUGUCCAUCCACAGCAACUUGUGAGGGAUUUCCCCCUGCUCAGAGGCUCUAUCAUGUUUAGGCAGUUCUAUAAUGUGUGUGUGUGUGUGUGUGUGUGUGUGUGUGUGUGUGUGUGUGUGUGUGUGUGUGUGUGUGUGUGUGUGUGUGUGUGUGUGUGUGUGUGUGUGUGUAUGUGUGUGUGUUCUGCGCGCACUGUUGGGAAUUCGAGGAAAGGCGCCGGUUGCUUGCUUGCGAAGGCCGGUGGAGGGUGUGACUUCUGGUUGUUUGAUGACACGUUGAGAGAAUCUGAAAUUUUAUUUACUUUUAAAAGUCCGAUAAUAACUAGUGGGGAGCAAUGUACUUAUAAUGUUCAUCUUUCAUUCGUAUGAUCGGCUCCCUCGCCUUACCUGCUCUUCUUGCUAUUCGUUUGUGCGAGAAUGCAUGACGGACGAUAUAGGUUGUGUGGACAUUCUUCUGCCUGCUGAGUAUUGCAUACAUUUUACCAUUGGCGUAUCUUAUUGAAAUUGGUUUUUUGCCAUUCCCAUUGACUUCGACCAACCUACGAGCUCGUAAGUUGUUUCCAGCCAGCGUUCGUACAGUUUCUUCCUUUUCACCGAUGAGAGCUGGUCUCUUCUUAGUCAUUUCAUGUCACGAAUACUUUGCAAGUGAA